AUGUCAUUGAGUAACAAGCGCCCUCGUGACACAAAUAGUCAAUGCGGCGCGCCUUAUGUUAAGCGGGUUCGGAAUGAUGCCGGUCAACCCACAAUUGAUGCCUUUGCUGAACUUCUCACUCCCGCGCGACGUUUCUAUGCUGGUCUCACUGGCCGUCCCGCCAUCCAGGAUCCGUCAAAAGAGACUACUCCUGAAUGUUCAUCACCUCCUCUCCCACUUCAUAUUCCUCCCAACCAGGCAACUCUGACCGACUUCGGCUUUCACAGGCAAUUCGAUAACAGAAUUAGGCCCCCUGACUCCUAUUAG